AUGGGCAGGAGUGACAUUGGAUUGCCCCCCACCACUGUCCCAAUCAACAAUUCCUAUGACCAGGAGUUUCAAGAGUUUAGGGAAACCAGAUGUUUCGGUACCAAAUGCGCGGGCUGCGCGCAGGGCAUCUCCCCUAGCGACCUGGUGCGGAGAGCGCGGAGCAAAGUGUUUCACCUAAACUGCUUCACCUGCAUGAUGUGUAACAAGCAGCUGUCCACUGGCGAGGAGCUCUAUAUCAUCGACGAGAACAAGUUUGUCUGCAAAGAGGAUUACCUAAGCAAUAGCAGUGUCGCCAAAGAGAACAGCCUCCACUCGGCCACCACGGGCAGCGACCCCAGUUUGUCUCCAGACUCCCAAGACCCGUCACAGGAUGAUGCCAAGGACUCGGAGAGCGCCAACGUAUCCGACAAGGAAGGGGGCAGCAAUGAGAAUGAUGACCAGAACCUGGGCGCCAAGCGGCGGGGGCCCCGCACCACCAUCAAGGCGAAGCAGCUGGAAACUCUGAAGGCAGCCUUUGCUGCCACUCCCAAGCCCACGCGCCAUAUCCGGGAGCAGCUGGCUCAGGAGACUGGCCUCAACAUGCGUGUCAUCCAGGUCGGGGCCUGA